AGUCAACAGAAACAGCCGUGCAUCUGGGGCUGCCGGUCCCGACCCAGCGAUUGAUCCCGACAAGCCGCCCUCUCGCUCCUUGUCAACAGACUCGUCGGUGUGUCCGCUUGUCCAUAGCUGCCCAGCUGCCCGGCCCGUCAUUGGAGUUUGUAGUACCAUGGCGGCAGCAGUCUCUCCGCGACCUUCGCCUGCUUUCGAUUUGCGGAACACGGCCCCUUACACGAUCCGCUUGGGACGCCAUCUCUCAUCAUGUUCCAGUAUACAGUACAAUCAUAGACCAGAUCUCUCGGACCCCGACAAUGCCGAAUCGGUCAUCUCGCAUGCUCCCGAGGGUGAUCGAGUCACUCUGUCCUUGAAAGACGGCAUCGAUGAAUACAUGUAUUCUGGAAGACGGCACCACGAUGACGACGAAUAUCUUCUACUGCUCGACAAGGCAGGCAAAGAGUUUGUUCUAGAAAAGCUGGCAUCUUCGUACGCCAUGAACUUGACUCGUGCGCCACGGGAGUCGAAUUCUAGAGUGCUAGCCGAUCGUUACCCACAACUGCGUCCCGACACCGACGAGCACGGAGAGGAGGCAGAGGACGACGACGAUGGUGGUGUCAUCUUGGAUUCAGCUGAUGCUGAUCCCACCAAUCCUUUCGACUUCAGGCACUAUCUCGACGUCGAAGCCUCACCGAGUCCAGCCUUGGCCCCUGUCAGACCCGCACCAGCAGCCACUCCUGCAGCCUCCCAAACAUCUACACGAACUAACACUCCGAUUGCCAAAUCCAUGCGUAAACAAACGUCCGCAUUUGCUCCACAGACGGCCAAGUUACCGCCAAAACCGAGACAGAAACAAAAACCCACACAUAAUGAACCCAUUGCAAAAGACACCACGCGCUCUCCUUCGCCGGGACUACAACCACAUCGAAAGGUGGAACAAGAUGUACCGGCUGUGCGUCUUGACCGCCGUGCCUCUACGAGACUCUCUCUGCCCUCCAAACCUCCACCAAAGAAACGCGAACCAGAAGAAUUGUCUCUUGACGACGAUGACGACGAUGGUGAUCUGAUAUUGGAAGGUGAUGAACCCCAGCGAUCCACAUACCGCUCCAAUCACUCCAAAUCGAGCCUCGGUCUUGCGUUCUCGAAUGGAUUAGGCGAUGGACCGCGCAGUCUACGUAGCGCAGCAAGCAGUCCGGCUGGUAGUCACAUCAAUUCGCCAGCCCCACAACGACCAAGUCCACUUGGAGAGCAUCGAGAGACGAACCACGAUGACGAUGAACUCGUCAUGGAUCCAGACGAGGAAGCCAACGAGUAUGACCAAGUCGAAAGCGAUGCAGACGAAGAUGGUGAUGUGGACGCCUUACAACUACCCAGCCCGGCACAAGUGCAUCGACCGAGUGUUAGCGGACCGACUGUUACAGGCGACGACGAGUUCGAUCUUGAGAAACAGAUGCUCCUGGAGCUGGAAGGAGGACUGGACGACUAUGCUGCGUCGGGACAACAGGGUGGAGCGGACAGCGAUGAAGAAAGCGAGGAAGAAUAAGGCAAACGUGCCUAUGGGCUUGUGAGAAACGCCUCUCGAUGAAGCAGGAGAAGUGAACAAGGUACGGAAACUUGUGUUGUUUGGCAGCAAGGCGUUA